AUGGAGAAAAAUGUCGUUAGUGUUCUUGGAAUUGAUGUGCAAUUUCCAUACAAAAUUUAUGAACCGCAGAAAUUGCUCAUUGAGGCUAUCAUUAGAAGUAUAGAAUAUGGCCAAAAUGCUUUAAUAGAAUCACCUACUGGAACUGGAAAGACUUUAUGUUUACUAUGCGCAUCACUUGCUUAUUUAUGCGAUAAGCGAAUUCCGGGGCUUAAAAUUAUAUACACCACUCGUACUCACGGGCAGUUAAAUCACUUCAUCAAUGAAUUCAAGAAGGUUCCCUACUAUGAUAGGCUUAGAGAAAUAGGAAUUAAUGCAACAAUUCUAGGAUCUAGGGACAAAUUAUGUAUCCACUCUCAGUGUUCCAAGAUGAAGGGAAAUGCACUGGAUGGUUACUGUAAGGCAUUGGUUCACACUAGAACCUGUACCUACUACAAUGGAUAUCGUUCUAAGGAGUACAAUAAUCUUAACAUUCUUAUGGAUGUUAUGGAUGUCGAAGAUUUGACUUCAAUGGGUAAAAAAUAUGGCUUUUGCCCGUUCUACGUAAUGAGAGAGGCACAUAAAACUAGCAAUUUCAUAUUGAUGCCUUAUAACUACUUGUUCUGCCAAACAAUACGAGAUUCAAUUGAAUUGGACUUGAACGAUGCAAUUAUUAUAAUUGAUGAGGCACACAAUAUCGAUGAUUUUGCGGAGAGAGUUAUGUCAUUCAACAUAUAUCAAAUGGAUGUAAUUCGAUCAAUUGAUUUCCUUAAAAGAAUUAUCACAACCGUCAACGAAGACAUGUAUAACAAAGAAAAGGAUGAUAAUCCGUAUCUAAAUAAACUUUUAUCGUUAUAUGCCACUUUGCAACGUUUAGACUGCUUUCUAUCUUCACUUGACCUAGAUAAUAAUAGGAUGAUGCAUAAGAUUAAAAGGGUAGAUUUUCAUUAUACUGUAGGCAAAGUUGGCGAUGAUUUUGUAAUAUUCGAUACAAUAUCCAUAUUAAACACCUUAACUUCGGCAAUAUUAGACAAGAAUUCGCAAAACAGUCUGGAGCAAGAAUUUGGCUGCUUAACCUUCAUAAUGGCAACAAAAAUUAGCGAUGAAAGUUUUAAUAAGAAUGUAAACAUUGAGAUACAAUCCAUUGAUAGGCUCAAAAAUUCGCUUCUUCAGUUAACAUCUCAAUGGUUACGAGCUAAUUGCCAACAUUUUUACGCCGUACUUCGUAUUGAUACUGGUAAUAACAACAACAAAUUUAUGUAUAGAUCUUUGUUGUUUGAAUGUAUGAACGCUAGUUGCACAUUUACCAAGCUGAAAAAUGAGAAAAUAAGGAAUUUAAUACUUACAUCAGGCACUUUGUCCCCAAUUGACAAUUUCAUAUCAAAUAUCAGCGGGGGCUAUAUCAAAUUUCCCAUAGUUUUGGAAAAUGAACACAUCAUCUCUAGUGAUAGGGUUUGGGUAGGUUGUAUCUCAUCAAAACUCAAAAUAUUUCGGGAAAGGUUUAGAGAUAAGGUUGGAAAUUUUGAGGACCAACAACUGAUAUCCACAUAUAGCACCAGGUCUAGUCAUGAAUACAUAGUCAAACUGGGCAUACUGCUUAAACUAUUCGUAAAAUCAGUACCUGGUGGUAUACUAUGUUUUUUUCCAAGCUAUACCAACAUGAAUGAGACCAUAGAGGUGUGGAAAAACACAGGAAUUUAUCACAAUUUAUAUUCUUACAAACUGAUUUUCAUUGAAGUGGUAAAAUCCACCGACUCAAAUGAUUCCAUUGAUGAUAAUCUAAAUUCGUUUAAAAAUGUUGUGGAUAGUGGAAGGGGUGCGUUGUUUUUUGCAGUAUUCCGGGGUAAAAUUGCCGAGGGGGUAGAUUUCCCUAACGAUUAUUGUCGAGGUAUUUUUAUUUGUGGUAUCCCAUAUCCAAACCCACAUGAUUUCAGAGUAUCUCUUAAAAUGAAUUAUAUUAGAAAUACACAGAAUAACUCCACAGAUGUCGUAAAUGCGCUGAGGGAUGGCACAUACAACUGGCAUGUUUUGAGUGCCAUUAAGGCCGUAAAUCAGGCCAUGGGACGAUGUAUAAGGCAUGCAGAUGAUUAUGGAGCUAUACUACUUGCUGAUGUAAGAUACGAGUACAAGAAUAUACAGGUACAGCUCAGCAAAUGGGUGUUGAAGUCUCUAGAGAUAUUUUCCGACACCGUAGCACUCAGUAACAGUUUGGACAAAUUCUUUCUCAAGUUCCGAAAAUCAACUAAAAAUGAUACAAUCAACCCUAUAUAUGACAUUUCCACGGCAAAAUUAGUUGGUAAUACUGAGAGUGAUGAUGAAUCAUUCACAGAGUUUGUCAAACAUACAUGUGAUUACCAGAACCUGUUAGUACGAUUCCAGGGUAAAUCACAGAAAAGGGAAAGAAGCAACUCUUCUGCUUCUAGCCUGCUUGGAAUGGUAAAUGAUGAAUCAAAAAUGUCUAAAAGUGGAGUUGACAACCCUUUCAUUUGUUGGUCCAAUGUCACAUCAGCCCGCCCCCUUGACCAAUUCAAUCUUGAAUAA